AUGGAAGCCAAUGGAUGGAGUUUAAAAUCGAUAUUCAGAAGGUUUCCAAAUGGAAGAUACUGUGCUUUUAGACUUGAUCAUAAAGUUUGGGGUCGAAUCGUUCAACCUGAUUCUGGUAGUACUCUUAAUCUUGCAGUUUUGAUAACUUUAAUUGAACCACAGGAUCGAAUCAUGGGUUUAAAUUUACCAGACGGUGGUCAUUUAACUCAUGGAUUUUAUAAUGCGAAACAAAAAAGAGCUUCAUCAAUUUCUUUUCAAUCAUUUACUUAUGAUAUUGAUCCUCAAGUAAAUUCAUGGAUUAUCAUCAUUUAG